AUGUCGAAGGAAAAUUUAAGUAAGGAGUGUGUGGACGCGACCGAGGAGGCGCAGGUAUGUAAGGUUGGCGUCCGCGUACCGCCGUUCAACGCGGACGAGCCCGCACUGUGGUUCGCGCAAAUAGAAGCUCAAUUUCAACUUUCGAAGAUCACACAGGACGAUACAAAAUUUUAUUACGUCGCCGGGCAGCUGGAGGCGCGGUAUGCGAUGGAGGUAAAAGACGUAAUAACUAACCCUCCCGCUGCCGAUAAAUAUGGAAAAAUUAAGGCGGAACUAAUUCGGAGACUCUCCGCGUCUCAGGAAAAACGAACGCGGCAAUUAUUAGUUCAUGAAGAACUCGGCGACCGUAGCCCGUCCCAAUUUUUACGACACUUGCAGAAUCUUGCCGGUACCGCUGCGACUUCGGAACUUCUACAAACAAUCUGGUGCGAUCGUUUGCCACAUAAUGUGCAGACUAUACUUGCGUCGCAGUCUGACCAGUCUUUAGAUAAGCUCGCCGAUCUAGCUGACAGGGUGUACGAGUUAGCUCCACCGACGCCCCGCGCUCCACAGGUAGCGACUACUUCUGCCACCUAUACAGCGUGUCCAGUUUCGCCCACCGACGCCUUGAUGCAACAAGUCAACGAACUAACCAGGCAAUGGGCGGGCUCGCUAUCCGAUGAGUAUAGGCUGGAGUGUGGGGUCAGGCAGGGCGGGCUAACAUCGCCUAGACUCUUCAGCCUGUAUGUCAAUCGGCUGAUCGAGGAGCUCAGCAAUACCAGGGUCGGAUGUUCAAUAGAUGGAACGUUUGUAAAUAACAUCAGUUACGCGGACGACAUGGUGUUGUUGAGCCCGUCGAUCGGCGCCCUGAGGACGUUGGUGAGUGUGUGUGAGCGGUAUGCGGAUGCCCAUGGUCUCAAGUACAAUGUCUCUAAAAGUGAGCUGCUAGUCUUUAAAGGAAGAACUGUCAUAUUAGAUGACCAAUCUUUACCCCCAGUGAGACUAAAUGGCACUCCUCUUAAAGUUGUAAGAGAAUUUAAGUACUUGGGACACUGGGUAACCGCAUCGCUAAAAGAUGACAAGGAUGUCGAAAGGGAGCGUAGGGCGUUGGCAGUGAGGAGUAAUAUGUUGAUUCGUAGGUUUGCAAGGUGUACAAAUAACGUUAAAAUCACCCUUUUUAAGGCGUACUGUCAAUCAUUUUACACUUGCAGCCUAUGGAUCAACUUUACUCAAAAAGCUUACAACGCCCUACGAGUCCAAUACAACAACGCUUUUAGGAUGCUGUUGGGGCUGCCGCGCUAUUGCAGUGCUAGCGGUAUGUUCGCGGAAGCGCGCACCGACGGCUUCCACGCCAUCAUGCGCAAGCGUGUGGCGUCGCUGGCGCGGCGCGUGCGCGGCAGCGCCAACAGUCUCCUAGCCACGGUGGCUGACAGGGUAGAUGGGGCUUUCUGGCAGUACUGGAGUAGCAUACAUGCUCACAAUAAUGUUUCAAGUUAGUAUAAAAUAUAGAAUAGAAUAUAGUAUAGGUAUAAAAUAUAGAAUAUCGAAUUGUCACUAACAUAGGUUAAGAAUAGCAAUAAGUUACUAAUACAAUAUGGAAAUUUAUUUCUGAAAUAAAUGAUAUU